AUGGCGCUCGCCCUUCGCUACGCAGAGGAAGCCGAGUUCAGCUCUCGCGCCUGUGACAGUGCGCCUUUGGAAGCUCCUGACGUGACGUUUAAAGCUUUUUUUCGGUGGAGCCGCUCAGUGCGUCAAUUGAUUGGCCCCUUAGCACACGGACCGGUGCAAGUCCGGACGUUGAUCGUCGCUAUGCCUGGAGCUCCGCAUCAGUUCGUGCAGCAGCUCACAGCUUCGUGGACUGCUGUCGGGGCAUUGGUGACCAGUGACCAGACGACGAUUGGCUCGCCAUGCGCGGGAAUCAUAUUGUCAAAAACGGGACACGAUGUGUCGGAAGAGGGAAAUUCGCUGGCGAUACUAGUGGGGCAAGAAGUCUCGCCUGCUGCGACGUGGGUGUGGCUCGACAGGCUGCUAGCGCAUAUCGAGCCAGAGGAGAUUGUGUGCCUGAGCUCACAGCUGUCGACGGUUUACGGCGACACGUGUGUCGAAGCGGAACCUGCUGCAAAGCUGAGGACAUUGACGACGUCUGUUGUGACGGAAGACAUGAAGAAACAGACGCUGGUGCCGUCGCUGGAAGUGCCACAAUUUGUGGUUGGGAUCCCGGCGGCGCUGCUUACGCAUGGAGAGUUACGAAAACGUCGCGUUCGCGUUUUCGUGAGUCUGCGCGACGUCUGCGCUACUGUAGACGACGUCAUGCGAAGCUUUCUACCCUUAGCUGCGUCGGUGUCGUCCGUGCUCGGUACAUUGGAGUGUCCUCUGGUCUGUCAGUCAACGGGUAUGAAAAACAGCGUGACGGGCGUGCUGUACACGUAA